AUGGCGGAAUCUAACCUCAAUCCGGAGCAGCAUCAGCCAGGAAACGGCUUGCCAGGCGGUCCACUACCGCCAGGAGUAAACCCACAACACCCGGGAAUGCAGCAAAAUCAUCAGCGGCAUUCGGCUCCAUUUUUCAACGGUCCACCAUCAGCGCAGCAAUCUUCAAGUACCAGUUCGUCUUCCGCCGAAGCAUCCUACCAUCUCUUUCAGCAGCUAAUGCAGCAGCAACAGGUAUUCAUGCAGCAGCAGCAACAACAGUUAAUGCAGCAGCAGCAAGAUUUCUUCCGGAGUGUCAUCUCAUCAAUCACAAACAAUAUCAAAGAGUUUCGCUACGAUCCGGAUGGAAACAUAACCUUCGCUGCAUGGUACGGCAGAUACGACGAUUUGUUCGAGCAAGAUGCUGCACGGCUGGACGAUGAAGCGAAAGUCCGCUUGCUCAUGCGAAAACUCGGAUCAUCUGAGCACGAAAGUUAUGUGAGUUACAUCCUACCGAAAUUGCCGAAGGACUACAAAUUUACUGAUACAGUUGAAAAACUAAAAAUCCUUUUCGGCGCUGCAGAGUCCGUCAUCAGUAAACGGUAUCGGUGUUUGCAGGUUACCAAACAACCGACCGACGAUUACGUCACAUAUGCUUGUCGAAUCAACAAGACCUGCGUUGAAUUUGAGCUAAGCAAACUUACCGAGGAGCAGAUCAAAUGUCUUAUGUUUGUUUGCGGUCUAAAGUCGGAAGGAGACAGCGAAAUACGAACGCGGCUACUGUCGAAAAUUGAGGAACGCGAUGACAUCACUCUCGAUCAUCUUUCGGAAGACUGUCAGCGAUUGUUGUGCCUAAAGCGGGACACGGCAAUGAUCGAGUCAUCAGCAUCACUGUCAUCGGUGAAUUUCAUCAAGCGAAAACAACAAUUUUCAAAGCAUCAACAGAAACCGCCAAUGGAGACAGCCGGACCCGACAAAAACAUUCCCUCAACGCCCUGCUGGUUCUGUGGAGGAAUAUUGUGGUAUUGUCGGACACCGUGA